AUGUCCUCAAACAUAAUCCCACCUUCAGAACAAACGUCAAGCGCUUUAAUCAUCGGAGCUGGUGGUGUAGGGGUUAUAACCGCAUACUCUUUAUACCAUUGUGGGUUGUCAGAGGUGUCGUUGGUAACAAGAUCCGAUUAUGACCACGUCGUUGAGUUUGGUUACAAGAUUGACUCCUGUGAUUACGGUGAAAUCACUAAUUGGAGGCCUCAUAACGUCUAUAAGACUGUUGAGGACGCAUCUUCUGCUGAAAAGUUCUUUGAUUAUAUCAUUAUCACCACCAAGAACAUCCCUGAUGGGCCCAAGGAUUCUACCGUUCAUGCUAUCUUGAAACCAGUUAUCGAAGCAAAUUACAAAUUAAAUGACGAAAAGGUUACCAACGUUGUUUUGAUUCAGAAUGGUAUCGAUAUUGAAAAAGAGGUUUUGGAACAUUUCAACCCAGCGACGUAUAAUCUUUGUCUAUUAUCGGGUGUUCAAUUGAUUGCUUCCACCAAGGUAGGACCGGGUCAUAUCGUUCAAAAGGGGAAAGAUCACGUUAGUUUCGGGUCGUUUGAUAAGGAUGAUGAUAUUGCCAUAGGACAGGCUAAGAAACUGGUCUCCAUAUACCAUAACGAGGGUCACAAUACUGGUGUUUUUGAUGAGAACGUUCGUAAGACCAGAUGGAACAAGCUGUUGUACAACGCAGCGAUCAAUACAACUACUGCAUUGGUCGGUUUAGACGUUCCUAGAUGCUUUGAAUUCUCUGUCGAGAAAAAAGCAACCGAAUUCGAGGUGUUCAGACCUGCCAUGCAAGAGAUUGUCUCCAUUGCUGCCAGUGAGGACGUCUCCAUUGAUGAGAAUUUGAUAGAAUUCUUCAACGAUGUUACUAGGAAUAUCCUUUAUAAGCCUUCCAUGUGUGUAGAUCUGGAAAAUGGAAGGCUCAUGGAACUUGAAAUUAUCCUUGGUAACCCAAUCAGAAUCGCUAAGGCUAAUGGUGUUGAAACACCUACACUAAAGUUGUUAUAUAACUUGUUGAUUUUAGUUCAAAACAAACUCAAAGAACAAAAGAAACUCAUCGAAUUCGAUGAAGAGAUUCUGAAACUUGUUGUUUAA